CCAAGUGAAACUACAAAAUGGAGCUGCAGACAUGGCUUCUGAUGGUCUUUARGUGCUGCUAUGCUGUGCCACAAGACAUGUCAGGGAAGGAAAUCAUUUUCCCAGAAGAGUCAAACACCGCCUAUGUCAAGAUAACCCCUGACAUGAACAAAAUCUUCUUUGCUGUGACUGUCUGCGUUCGAUUUUUCACUGACUACCAGACGAAGGAGCUGACCAUUUUCUCAUUGGCCACGCCUUCUCAUGCUGAUGGUUUUGUCAUCUUCAGGGGAGAUGGGGGAAAUUACAGGGUGUACAUUCAGGACCAAGGUAUCUAUUUCUGGGGAUUGCCAGACAAAAUGAACGAGUGGAACUCUGUUUGUGGGACGUGGGAUGCCAGUACAGGAUUGACUCAACUGUGGGUGAAUGGGAAGCCAAGUGCGAGGAAAGCUCUCCAAGCCGGCGGCUCCAUCUCUGGUACACCGAGUAUUAUUUUAGGUCAGGACCAAGAUGCAUACGUUGGUGGGUUUGAUGUGUAUGACUCCUUUUACGGACAUGAGACCGAUGUCCACAUGUGGGACAGAGUGCUCUCUCCAUGUGAGAUCCAAAGCUACAUGAAGGGGGAGGUGUUAUCUCCAGGGAAUGUGGUAAACUGGAACGCACUAAAAUACACAAGGCAUGACUAUGUGGUUGUUGAGACGAUGCAGAACCUGAUCUGUUAAAAAUUUGACCGCAAAAAUCACAAACAGAUCAUUUCAAACUAUGCUUACAUUUGUAUACGAUCAUGUGUCUAUAUUAUGCGUGGGAAUAGUUUGGAACAGAUUUCCA